AUGCCGGACAGGAAAAAUCUGUAUCGGGGUCUUCUGUUUUUCACAGUUAACCUGAUAGCAAUUGUGAUCCUUGUUCGAGGAAAGUGUGGUCUAUCCAAGUGCAUCACAUGCUACCUGGUAGCCAUGGCAGUGGCAGAUCUAACAGUGGUUAUCGUCGAUGUGAUAUUCCAUCGGAUUAAUUACAUGUAUUGGCUAAUUAGAUUCCUUUCCUUGACUCCAGUAUGUACUGUCAAUCUUGUUGCAUACAUAGUAGCUGUAGAUUGUUCGGUCUGGUUUACUGUUGCCUUCACAUUUGAUCGCUAUGUAAUGAUUUGCUGUCAGAAGAUACAAUCAAAAUAUUGCACACAGAAAACAGCUGGCGUGGUUAUCGCCAUUAUAUGUGUGAUGAGCUGUUUCAGGAGUAUCCCAUUCUACUAUUUUAUCGAGCCGGCUUUUAUCAUUGACAGCGUGCCAUGGCAUUGUUUUCCACGCAUGGAUGAUUUCAUUUCUACUUUUCGGAAGGUAUAUGAGUGGAUUGAUACCAUCAUUACCCCUUUAUUGCCAAUUGUGUUAAUCCUGUUGUUCAAUGCUUUGACCAUCAGACACAUUAUUGUGGCUAACAGAUCCCGCACAGGCCUUCUGAGUAACAGCAGCAACCAGAACUGUCCUGAAGGGAAGAAUCGGAGAACAUCCAUGGUUUUGCUUUUCAGUAUUUCUGCCAAUUUCGUAUUACUGUGGAUGACGUAUGUUGUACAUUCGGUAAACUGGCCAGUGAUAAACUACUAUUACACAGACAAAUACCUCAGUAAUCCGAUGUACAUCACCCAACAAGUUGGAUUUAUGCUGCAGCUUCUGGGUUCCUGCACAAACACGUGUAUCUAUGGAAUUGCGCAGAAAAAGUUCAGAGAGGAGCUGAAGCAUUUGGCAAAAUGUUUGUUUACUCUGAAUGGGAAAUUGUGUCAAUAA